UCCACCGCCACCACCACUAAUUUGUGAUUUCCUUUAUUCCUUCCUUGGGAACAAGUCAAACCGCGGAUAAAAAUAAAAUGCUAUACAAUAAUCACCGCUGAUACUACUGGUCCGGCUACUAAGAAACCGGGGUAAGCCCACCUAUGGACCGAGGAGCGCUGCCAUUUGAUGCUCUCUCCUGUACUCAUGUCUUCCAGCAAACCGCCGAAGAAGGUCGGUGGGGAAUACGGGCAAAUACGGGCAAAUAUCGAUGUCCCAAAAUUGGAGAGCUUUCUGGCGAGAAAUGUCCCUGAGGUUCGCUUGCCGCUGCAGGUGAAGCAGUUCAAGUUUGGACAGUCGAAUCCUACUUACUUCUUGACCGACGCCAGCUCCAAACGAUAUGUCUUACGGAAAAAACCUGCUGGCCAGUUGCUGUCGAAAACUGCGCACCAGGUGGAACGGGAAUAUACGAUGCUUCACGCCCUACAUACGUUCAAUAACAAGCCAAUGACUCGUCCUGAAGAACGCGUCCCUGUACCGGAGCCAUAUGUUCUAUGCGAAGAUGUGUCUGUGAUUGGAACACCUUUCUACGUGAUGGAAUUUGUAGACGGACGAAUCUUUACCGAUCCACGGAUGCCUGAAUCAAGUCCCGAAGAUCGAAGAGAAUGCUGGCUGGGUGCCGUACGAGCAUUGACUAAACUCAGCAGCGUCGACCCCGUUGCAAUUGGUCUUUCGAAUUUUGGUCCCUCGACCGACUACUUUCCUCGUCAGCUCAAAUCCCUUUCCGCUGUCUCGAAAGCCCAAGCUGCAGCCAAAGAUGUCGAAACAGGCAUACCUGUCGGAUCUAUACCCUCCUUCGACAACAUGAUUGAAUGGUACUAUGCCAACCUCCCUGACGAGUCCAAAAUUGGUCUCCGGAUUGUACAUGGGGAUUAUAAAAUGGACAAUCUCAUCUUCCAUCCUACGGAGAACCGUGUUAUUGGUAUCCUGGAUUGGGAACUAUGUACAUUGGGAAGUCCGCUCGCUGAUUUUGCCAACUUGACCCAGCCAUGGGCGAUAAACCCGGCUGACAUCGCAAUUACUAGGCACAAUUUGCUGGUGGCCUUUGGCGCUGAGAACCAGAAAGAUGUCCCGAUUCCUUUUGAGGAGCUGGAAAGAGAAUAUUGUAGAUUGAUGAAGCAGCCGUGUCCCAUCAAGGAGCUUGUCUUCGUUCGUAGCUGGAUGUUAUUCCGGUUGGCUAUCAUCAUACAAGGGAUUGCUGCAAGACACGCCAAACGUCAGGCAAGCUCUGCCCAAGCUGGAGCCUAUGGAUCCACCUUUAUUCUCAUGGGUAACCUGGCAAAGAUCUUCUUGGCGAAGAAUGGUGUGCGGCUAGAUGCGAAAAUAUUCAAGUUGUAGUAAUCGCCAUAU